AUGUCAAUCAUCAAAAGGUUAUUCAUUAAGGUUAGUAAUUCAUAUGAUUCAAAUUUCCAAAUAGUACCAGUUAAUACUGAGCAGCCAAUUGAAAUCAAAUCUGAUAUUGGUGUUUUUAAAUUAAUUGUAAAUAUCAAGAAAUUUGAUGGUGCUAAACCACAUUUAAGUAAUUCAUUAUACAAUAUUGGUGAUAAAAAGUUUCUUAAUAAUGAAUCAAUUGAUUAUACACCAAAAGAAAUCACCAAUUGUCAAACAACUCCAAAUUUAAGAAUUAAUAUUGAAUAUACUCCAAAUCAAGAUAUAAAAGGUGGCGAAUUAUUAUUUGGAAAUGAUUUUACAUAUCCAAUAAAAGAUUAUGUACCAACUACAUUAUUAUCCACAGGUUUAAAAUUAUUUAAUUGGUUUAUAAAUAAUACUGUAAAAGGAGAUAUAUAUAAUGAAAAACCAUUUUUGUAUGGAUUAGCUUUAAAUAGUUUUACAUACUUAGGUAUAAAUGAAUCAAAACCCGAAUUAGUAUCAGAUUCAAAAAAAGGUGAUGAACCAGUUAAUUCAAAAGAAAAUUUAAAUUUACAAAAUGAAAAUAUUCCAACUGAUUCAAUUCAAAGAAAGAAAUAUUUCAAUACUGUUGAAAAAUGUAAUGAUGAAUUUAAUUUUAAAAAAGAUCAACAUUAUAAUUUACAAUUUGAUACUGAUUUUUUAAAAUUGGGUGAUUCAAAAUAUUCUGUUGCAAUACCUACAUUUGAUAUAGAUGUUGGUAAUUACGCAAAUGAAACUUUAAAUAAUGUAAAUUGGGUAGUUAAAAAGAAUGGUUAUGAUGGUGUAGGUCAAGGAGAAUUGGGUUUAAUUAUAAAUUUUGCUUUAUUAGAUGAAGAAAAAGAGGAUACAGAAUAG